AUGUCCUGGACACAUCUGGUCUUUCUCUCUCUGCUCGCCACCCUCCUCAUCCUCACACUCUCCCCCGGGGUGCGGAGUGCAUCGGUGAGAGAUGGAAGAGAGGGAAAAGCUGCAGAGCCCAAAGGGUCAGCGCGGAGAGUCUUCAUGCCCGAUGCGGAUGGAGCAAACUUCUUCAAAAAGCGUAGUCGGCGCUCGGGCAAAUAUGAGGCGGAGGUCCUCGCCGAGCAGAGGGUAAGGAUGUCAGCUGAUGAGAGGAGGAGGGAGUACUAUGACGAACAGAGGAACGAGUUUGAGAACUACGUGGAAGAGGAGCGCGACGAGCAGGAUGAGAGGACACGGGAGAAGACAGAGCAGUGGCGUGAGUUCCACUAUGAUGGACUCUACCCCCGUUAUCCCCGCGGUUGGUGAGCAUGCUCCAUAGGCCAAGGAGAUCAGAACAUAGUGCACCAGCCUGUGAUUGGCAGGACCCUGUGCCACUUAAGACACCUAGC